CACCUAGGGUCUAUCUCGUCUGGUGCUCAGUUCCCUCUACACCGGUUACCUAGGGUCUAUCUCGCCUGGUGCUCAGUUCCCUCUACACCGGUCACCUGGCUGUCUCGGGAGAGAUGGCGACCUCCCAGAAGUUGACAGAACACUUCCUGACAUGCACCAUAUGCACAGAGGUGUUUGACAAGCCCUGUACACUUGUGUGUAAUCACACCUUCUGUCGGAAAUGUGUCGUCAACUACACCAAAACCAGACGGGAAGCCAUCAGUGCCAAGUCUCUCCUGUGUCCAUUCUGCAGGAAGAUGACGAAAGUGUCUGACCCCGAGAGACCAGUGGAGGCGUGGGCGGAUGACGUCAAGCCGAGCUUUGUCAUCCAGGGACUGUUGGACUCGUUUGGCCCCGGAUCUAAAGAUACAACUAACUGCAGUUAUUGUAAGGAGGAAGGGGAGACAACUCCAGCUACAUCUUGGUGUUCUGUUUGUGACGACGCACUAUGUGAACAAUGUACAAGGAUGCACCAACGAAUCCCCUCUUCCCGUCACCAUGACGUAGUUGACCUGUCUGGAGAGACAAGGGCCAAGGUCAAGAGAAAGGUCAUGUGUAAAGUUCACAAAAAUAAAAGGAUCAAAUAUCUUUGUAAAGAUUGUAACACAGCUGUUUGUCAAACAUGCUGCACUAUCCAUCACAGGAAAUGUGACAUGGUUGUUGAAAUUGAGUCAGAGAUUCCUGCAAUGAAAACCGAGCUGAAAAGGAAUAAAGAGAAUUUGUUAAAGAAACACGAUGAGAUGAAAAGAUAUGUCAGAAAACAGAACUCCAUUGUCAAAGAAGAAUUGGCGCUAUAUAAACAAACACAAUCAAGUAUCAAGUCUGCAAGUCUCACAGCAAUACAGACGAUCAAAGCCAAGGAACGGAAACUUCUGUCUGAACUGAAAGAGAUGUCUGAUAGACACAUUGGACAACUGAAGGCAGACAUAAAGUCAGGUGAGAUGUCAGUACAGAUGUACCAACAACAGACUGAGCUGAUAGACCAGGCUCUACAAUCUGAGUGUGACAUGGAUGUGUAUGAGAUGUAUCAGGGAUGUGAGGCCGGUGAUGUGGAGGCUGUCGUAGUCGUAGACAUGAAGGAGAAGGGAAGAAUAGACAGGAUAACAUUCAGACAGGACACGGACAAGCUGAGUAGAGCACUGGAAGAUCUCCAUCUGCAUACACGUCCACUGGGAACUAACAGUGUCGUGUGUCUGACCCCCGAGGGUGAUGUGGUGUUCAACUACAGACCUACAGGAGACUCAGCACUGAAGGUUCCACGUGGUAUCACAAGUACCAGCACAGGCGACAUCCUGGUGACAGACUACUCACAACACAGAGUCAUCCAUCUGACAGAGUCAGGACAGUUUGUUAGAAACAUACUGACAUCACAGGAUGGUGUCAAGAAUCCACUGGGACUGUGUGUUGGUGGGCGUGGUCGCAUAUGUACUUGUGUACAUCAGAUGUAGUGAAGGUGUUUACAUGCUGUAAGUGAGUGAACAUGUCACAAUCUCUUUCUGUAUGUUAAAUAUAGAUAUAUGUUACCUGGAUAGACAUGAUUUGAUGCACUGUAGGAACAUUUGACUUUUGAUGUGAACGUGACGAAUCAUCCCUGUUUCAGAAAGACACAGCUUGUAAUGUAAUGAGUGUUGGUUGGGUAGCCUAGUGGUUAAAGCGUUCGGUCGUCACGCCGAAGACCAUGGUUUGAUUCCUUAAAUGGGUACAAUGUGUGAAGCCCAUUUCUGGUGUCCCCUGCCGUGAUAUUGCAGGAAUAUUGCUAAAAGCUAAAAAGCAAUAUAAAACCAUACUCUCUCACCUACUGGAAUGUAAUGUAAUGUAAUGUAAGCAGCCAUUACUUCUACUUUAUAUUCAGAUAUAUUGUCUCAAUAACACUAUGUGGUCCAAAAUCAUGUAGAAUAUUGAUAUUUUGAGUUGUAAUGAUUUUGAAUUACUUUUUCUUUAAGUGACUUUGAACAAUUGUUUUACAAACUUUACUGAAUGGGUUGUAGGUCUUACGGGAUGUUUAACAGCGGUUUUCACUCUCUUCUCGACAUGUUGUGUGAUAUGCAUAGCAGGGCAAUCGUCUUUGCUCCACAUUUUAGCAACUCUGUCUACGUUAUUCUGAUCACAUUUAUGCUGUUGAUGUUAACUCAGUGUUGGAUACGGGAUCGUGUUUGAUCGGUACAAAAGCAGCCAAACUAGUUGGAGCAUGAAAUCAGUUUAGAGCAGCCAUUGUGGCCAAACGAUCACCAGAUAGAUACAGUACUACCACUGCACACAUACACAUGAAAUGUCUUGCCAACUUGUGACGUGUUGUGAUGUACAAACCUACAGCGCUGAUUGUUGAAGAGCGGGUUCGUGGGAUUGAUGUGACAACUGAGUGGUCAAAGGAGAUAAGUCGUUAUGAGAAGUAUAUGAAGAGCCAUAAAAUGUAGCGAACGAAUGAAUAGUUUAUCAGUGAGUUAGUUGCAGUUUUACGCUGCUUUUCACAUUAUUCCACACAUUAUUAUUUGUUGGGAAUCGAACCCGGGUCUUCGUCGUGACGAACGAACAAUUUAACCACUGGAUUACCCCAGCCCCUAUUUUAUCACAAUUUGUGUUUAGUGUGCGUGUUGUAAAUUGAUACAUGCAGUGUUUAUACCGACGUGUACAGUUAUAUACUCUCUGCCUCAUAUCAUUCAUUCACUUGAUGGAGGAGUAAGAAACGUUGUGUUCCUCAUAAUAAAGAAGUUGACAUCGAUAAAACUCUCUUCCUGAUGUGUAUCCCUUCUAAAUGCCAUCAAAGACCUGAUGUGUUAUAUGUACGUAGUGAUGUCUGGCUCAGUAUAGAACAUUGCCAUUUCCUUUGCUAAUAUGUUAUACUACCCUUGCAAUUGUUCUGCCUUUGAAAUUUCUAAUUAUGAUGUGUCUUGAUUUGUAAACUUGGUUACUUUUAUAAUACAAUUGUUAAUUUGU